AAAUGUGGAACAGCCUAGACCCGGAGAUAUUGAGGCUUCGAUUACUGUCAAGACCUCAAUUCCUGGAGAUUAUUCAACAAACACAUCCUGAGUUAGCAGAGGCAGCAGUUCAUAAUCCUGAAGAAUUUAAAAGAAUAGUUCAAAGCAUGUAUUUCGAUAGAAACUACUUAGAGAUUCAACGGCAGAGAGAAAUUAGUGCACUGAACGCAGAUCCAUUGAAUAUUGAAGCACAAGCAAGAAUUGAGGAAAUUAUACGUCAGGAAGCAGUAAUGGAAAAUCUAGAGAAUGCUAUGGAAUAUCAUCCCGAGAGCUUUGGACGAGUAACAAUGUUAUACAUAGAUGUGGAAAUUAAUAAAUAUAAAGCUAAAGCAUUUGUUGAUUCAGGCGCUCAAAAUACAAUAAUGAGUCCAUCAUGUGCAAAAGCAUGCGGAAUUACUCAUUUGAUUGAUAAACGUUUUUUUGGUGUAGCCAAAGGUGUAGGCACAGCAAAUAUCAUUGGACGUGUUCAUAGUGCUCAAAUUAAAGUGGGACCACUAUUUUUAGCAUGUAGUUUCACUAUUAUUGAAGGAAAAGAUAUCGAUAUUUUAUUUGGUCUUGAUAUGCUUAGAAGUCAUCAAGCAUGUAUUGACUUAAAAAGAAAUGCACUUGUUAUCAAUGAUACAUUAAUACCCUUUUUAUCAGAGGCGGAGCUUCCUGAUAGCGCUAAAAUGGAAACAAUUUAUGUACCUGAAACAAUAAACCAUGAUAGCGAACAAACAAAAGCCAAUAAUACUCAAAAACAAUUAGGAUCUUUGGAUAAUAGUAAUAUUUUAGAUCAAUCAGCUUAUAAAGGACAAUCAGAAUCAAAAUAUCAUGAAAAAGAUAUCCGUCAAUUACAAGCAUUAGGAUUCUCGAAAGAAGAAGCACUACAAGCACUUGAAGCUGCUAAUGGAGAUGUCUCUAUAGCAGCAAAUUUCUUAUUUUAAGUUUAAUAAACC